AUUCACUUCCUCCUCCAAGACUCAAACUGAAACUACCUUCAACUGCAGAUAAUCUUGUACCCAGAAGAGAACAUCAGCCAUGGAAGAGCCUAAAGCUUCUCAAACCAUGGCUCCAAACCUUCCUCCCCAACCUCCACAGAGUAACAAAAGACCUCUUGAUAACAUUGCCCACUUCCAAAACUCCAACUAUUACAAGAUACGAGCCGUUGUCAAAGAUCUUCGUCCCCAUUUUCUCGAGGUUCUCCGGACUCCUGACUUUCAGAAAUGCAAGGCAGCUAAUGAUAUACAAGAAAAGAUGAAGCUUCUGAUGGAUCUAUACAAAGAGAUGACAGCAGAAACGGUCAUCAAUGUGCCAGGUCUACCUUUGUCCGGUGAAAUUCAGGAGGGACAAAAGCCUAAAGAGCGGCACCAAGAUCUGCAAUCAACAGAGCAGCCUCCACCAGACAGAGUAGAUAAGCCUGUUCGUUUGGGAAACGUCUCUGAUAAGCAGCGUUCUGAACAUGUUCAGAUGCAGGGAACAUAUGUUGUUGGAGGAUCAGCUUUUGGUUGGAAUUUCAUCACUUAUCCUGGCAGUAACGCAGUCUAUUACGGCAGAACAAAGGAGUCAUUCCGCGCUGCUAAUGUACUUCCUCCCUAGAGCCCCAUUUGAAAAGAAUAAGGGCUCUCUCCCUUUCUUAUACUCGGCUCAAAAAAGCUUUCUCACAGCUUACUCAGUUCUCGCUUCUCAAUAGUUUUCUUAAAUAUUGUAUCAUGGCUCACCCCAUGUGGUCAAAGGGGUUUUUCUGGAUUGUUGUAUCAACUGUAAUGGUUGCAAGUCUUCAGCCAAAUGAUGACAAGAUUGCUAAGACAUUUUAACUUCAUUGCUUUCAUUUUAACUGUUUCUGUGAUAUCUUUACUAUCU